UGUCAUGUGACAGGCCUCCGUAAGAAAUGCCAACAUGGAACCGUGGCAAGGACGAUGUUCUUCUCAACAAUAACAUCGAAAGGGACAUCUGGAUUCAUUCUUGUCAUACAUCCACAAUCCGGACAUUUCAAUUCAUAUUUACACGAGUGUUUACAAAUCGCGGCAAUACCUUCGGCCUUCCACUGAUCUGCACACCAACAAAUGGUCUCCAUAAGUGACAAAGCGGUGGCCUCUUCUAAUGAAUCGUUUGUGGACCAUGCCUUGGCCACCUGGCCCUUCGUGGAAGUGGGCAGCAGCGAGAGCAGCGAGAGGGGCAGCUCCAUCUCAUGCUCCAGUCCCGAAACUGGAGACGCUGGAGCUCGACUCAGCUACAGCCCGGGGGAGGAGGACGAGGACGAUGGGCCGCUGCAGAUCUUUUUAGACUCCACGGAGGAGAUGUUGACUCAGCCGUCCAAGCUGCCUGAUUUUAUACCCCUGCUCUCCAGCACCUUCUCUCCAACCCUGGAGGACAUUGAGGAGUUCUUGAUGGAGAAAAUGGAGCUUCUGAGUGAUGCUCCUCUAAGUCCGGAGGAACACUCAAAGGAGGAUGAGUCUCCCAUACAGCUGUCUUCCCCCGGUGACGCAGAUCCGAAAUCCAGCCCCACCACAGCGCGUCCUGCUUCUCAGAGUGUUAACACCACAGCUAGUGCCACGCCAGUGCUCGUCGGUGCUCCAUUUGUGUUUCAAUUACAACCUCUCCAGCUAAGCCACACCCUCCCACAGCCAGACACCCAAUCGGGUGUGGCCAAUGGGCUUCAGGUGGCCCACCUGGUGCUCGGUGUCCAAGGUGCACAGAACAUUACCCUUCUUUCACCACAGGUGCCCUCAGCAACUCUCCUCCCCAUUGUGGGCGAGGCGGUCAAUCAAGAACAAAAGUAUGUGAAGAUCGCUCCCCUGCCUCUAGCCGUCAGGGCGGUCGGAAUAGUGGGCACAGGCCUGGUCAAAAACAUCACUCCAAGUCCAUCCAGGACCUCCACAGAAACCUUGCGGGUACAUAAAUGCUCUCACCCCGGGUGCGAGAAGAUGUACACCAAGAGCAGCCACCUGAAGGCUCAUUUCCGCAGACACACGGGAGAGAAACCCUACCUGUGCAGCUGGCCAGACUGUGGCUGGAGGUUCUCUCGAUCUGAUGAGCUGUCCCGCCAUCGGCGGUCUCACUCGGGAGUCAAGCCUUAUGAGUGCACAAUGUGCAACAAAAAGUUCGCCAGGAGCGACCACCUGUCCAAGCACACCAAGGUGCACCGCGGUCCUCGUGCCGGCAGACUAGUCAAGGCGAACGUCUGAUCCCUGGAUAAACCUGGAGUGUGAUUCCUGGAGUCUGAGAGGGAAGGCUAUGAUAUCUAAAGGGGCUCACAUGCUGCAACCCUCCGCCUUCAUUUUUGUCACUGGUUCCUCGUUUAUCCAGAUGUUUGUUUAUCUUGGUGCUACAGUCAGCUGAUAUGAAACUCAGGGAUGUGAUUGUUAAGCUCAAAGCAGAUUUCUGGCUUUUUUGGAGGGCUGAGGUAAAGCUUACAAUCGAUUUCAUCCCGUUUCGUCCUUCGCUGCUGUAAAGCUACAGGUUGAGCUUCAAUAGCUUUCGAGAUCUAUUUUUAUGGCUUUUAAACUGAGGUUGCAGGAAGUCUGGAGAUCUAAAAGGCAAUACGGAGUAUAAUUUGAAGAAACAUAUUUCCUGUACAAUAUUGUUAAUAUUGUGUUCUAGAUCUAUCCAAUUGAAAAUAUGCAACAAAAGCAGUAUUUUGGUCAGCUUUAGCACAUUAACCGAAGUGGCAGAAUGUCCCUUUAAUUAAGACAAUAUGCACUAUGAUUUAGGCUAUGCUAUUAUGCAUUAUCAAGCAAUGGCCUCUGUCAGGGUGAAUCUGAAAAAACUAAAUGCAAUAUUUAGUCCUAUUUUAUCCAAAAAUAUUAAGUAAAACAAAAAAGAAUGUUUCGAAACAGAAAAUAUUUCUGUGACAUUGUUUUUUAUUACUGUUAAGGAUAAUUAAUUCUCAAAAAAAAAGAAAAAAAGAAAACAGUAGCCAUGCAAAAACCUCUCGUUUUUAUUAUUGUAAUGCAAAAACAUCUCAUUCUCAUUAAAAAAAAGAAUCAUUUAAUUACCGUAUUACUCAAAGAAAUGUAUAUUUAAUUUGUAAAGUACAAUUGUAAGUGUACACUAUCAAAGUAUUAGUAAUUAAAAUUAAUUUAUACAGAUUUCCAUUAUCAAAACAAAAAAUGAUAAUAACUGUUACAGUCAUGAGAAUGAGUUUUUUUGCAAUUAUCAUUAAAAUAA